CCCCUGAAAUCAAAAGAAAAAUAUACUACGAACCUCAUCUUCAUCAUCAAGCUCAACUUUUAUGGCAAAAGAAAGUAACAAAAUCAACAUUGGCAAAUGCUUUGUAUAAAUUAUUUGUCAGAAACUAAAAAUCAAACAGGAAUUGAGCGUGAAAUUGUACCGGGACUGUAUCCAAAGUCCUUGAGGCGAAGUUCGAGUUCGGUGAGAUCGGCCUGGUUCUUCUUGUAGACCUCAUUGCAGUGACCUAAGAGCUCUUCAAAAAAGACGGUGCCGAAAGUCAUGGAAUCGAGGAGGUUGAGAUCGUUGGUUGCGAUUGAUACGUGACGUGCUGGAUUGCUUAAGAGUGUCGCAACUGGACUCAACGUGGUUGCAAAAUGAACUUAAGCUUCCACAAAAGCUUCGGAUCGACUCCUCCAUUCUCUCUCUCUCUCUCUCCAAAUCUUUGGCUCCAAUGGCUUCGGUAGAUUUGGAAGAGAUUCCAUCGGAGACUGUACAGAAAGUGGAAGUAGUUUGGAUUCCAUCGAAGAUGAGCGAGAAGAGUAACAAGAAGGACAAAAACGCUGCGUAUCGUUAUUAUAUGUCGAAGUUAGGAUUUGGAUGUGUGAGACUGAGAACAGAGUAUGAUAAGGAAGGCAAUUUUGAUAUGGAAGUUGUUGAUGGAGAUGGACAGCGUCGCAAUCCUACUCACCUUGUUAUAACGGUUAACGGUCUCGCUGGCAGUGCUGAAAAUUGGAGAUAUGCUGCAAAGCAGUUUUUGAAGAAGUAUCCUGAAGAUGUUAUAGCUCACUGCAGUGAAUGUAAUCCUUCAAAGUUGACAUUCGAUGGUGUUGAUAAUAUGGGAGAUAGAUUAGCAGAAGAGGUUAUAUCAGUUAUAAAACGUCACCCAGGAGUUCAGAAGAUUUCAUUUGUAGGUCAUUCAUUGGGUGGCCUGGUAACAAGGUAUGUGAUUGCCAAGCUUUAUGGACGAGACGUCAGGAGGGAAUUUGCACAGGAAAAUGGAGAGUGUAGGAGUGAUGGAUCUGGAGAUCCAUGCCCUGUGGAGAAAUUCAAAGGCAAAAUUGCUGGACUGGUGCCGAUGAAUUUUAUAACCUUUGCAACACCUCACCUUGGUUCAAGAGGGCAUAAACAGGUUCCCAUGUUUUGUGGCUUUUAUACCAUGGAAAAAGUAGCAUCCCGGGCAUCUUGGUUGCUUGGUAGAACUGGAAAACAUCUAUUUUUAACUGACAAAGAUAAUGGAAAACCUCCCCUUCUUCUUCAGAUGGCUAAUGAUUGUGAAGAUCUUAAAUUUGUAUCUGCUUUGCAGUCCUUCAAGCGUCGUGUGACCUAUGCAAAUGUACGAUAUGACCAACUUGUGGGAUGGAGUACAUCAUCUCUACGGCGACAAGAGGAGCUCCCAAAGCAUUGCCAUCGUUCUAAAGAUGACAAAUACCGGCAUAUUGUAAAUGUGGAGACAGCAGAAACUUCCAGUCGACAACAAGUAGUCCUCUUGGAGGACAAAGUCAAUGGAUUCAAGAACAUUGACUUAGAAGAGGAAAUGUUAAGAGGUUUGACUAAAACAAGCUGGGAACGGAUUGACGUUAACUUCAGUGGAACUAAACAAAGAUAUCUUGCGCACAGUACCAUUCAGGUGAAUAGAUACCGUAUCAAUUCUGCUGGGGCUGAUGUGGUCCAUCACAUGAUUGACAAUUUUCUCUUGUAAUAGCUACCAACUUGUUAUUAUGUGUAUGUCUGGUUUGAGUUGCUGAUUGCCUAUUGCCUAUUGGCUUAAUAUCGUUCCUGUCCGGGGUUAGUAUAGAGUUAUAGGGAAGGGAGAAGGGAUUUAGAUGUUCCAGGUGAUCUUGGCAUGACUUGGAAGUUCAAAAAUCCCGAAGGGUUUAAAAGGGGUUAGACAGGCUGUGUGAGUGAAAUUUUAGGUAUAAUGUUGUUAGUUCUAUUUACCAUCACAGAGAGAGGAAGUUAUCCCAAAAGACAAGCCAGUAAAUAUACACGCGAAUGUGAUAGUUUAAGUUAAUGCUGUGGCAGGGAAGAGAGAGAGAGGGCGUAAUCCCAAAAGAGAAGCUAGUACACACGUAUGUAAACAGUUUAAUAAGUUAAUUCUGUCGUAGAAGGGUAAUUUUACCGUAUUCUUACAGUACUCACUAGCAGGCCUGCUAUACCAUGUUAUCAAAACAUCGAAUUUGAUAGUAU